AUGUCCAGAUCGGGUGAUAGAACGUCCACCUUUGACCCGACACACAGCGACACGCUGCUGCACGGGCUCAACUUGCUGUGGAGGAAGCAGCUCUUCUGCGAUGUGACUCUUACUGCCCAGGGACAGCAGUUCCAUUGCCACAAAGCUGUGCUGGCGUCCUGCUCUCAGUACUUCAGGUCUCUCUUCUCCAGCCACCCGCUGAACAAUGAGGGCAUUUCCAGCAAGGACCAGGGGAGCAGCGGAACCCCCUCCUCCUCCCCCGAUGAGAAGCUUCUGGCAAGCCCCAGAUCCAUCAACAACCUGGUGCUACAGGGCUGCUCCUCCAUUGGGCUGCGGCUGGUCUUGGAGUACCUGUACACUGCCAACGUGACCCUUUCCCUGGACACUGUGGAAGAGGUGCUUUCUGUCAGUAAGAUACUCAACAUUCCCCAGAUCACCAAGCUUAGUGUGCAGUUCCUCAAUGACCAGAUCUCUGUGCAGAACUACAAGCAGAUCUGCAAGAUUGCUGCGCUCCAUGGGCUCGAUGAGACAAAGAAGCUGGCAAACAAGUACCUGGUGGAGGACGUGCUGCUGCUGAACUUUGAGGAGAUGUGCAGCAUGCUGGAUGCACUCCCGCCUCCGGUGGAGUCGGAGCUGGCACUCUUCCAGAUGUCGGUGCUAUGGCUGGAGCAUGACCGUGAGACGCGCAUGCACUACGCCCCCGACCUGAUGAAGAGGCUGCGCUUCGCCCUCAUCCCGGCCCCUGAGCUGGUGGAGCGGGUCCAGUCUGUCGACUUCAUGAGGAGUGACCCCGUCUGCCAGAAGUUGCUGCUGGAUGCCAUGAACUACCACCUGAUGCCCUUCAGACAGCACUGCCGGCAGACCGUGGCCAGCAGGAUUCGCUCCAACAAAAGAAUGCUCCUCUUGGUUGGAGGCCUGCCCCCAGGGCCAGACCGCCUGCCCAGCAAUCUGGUGCAGUACUACGACGAUGAGAAGAAAACGUGGAAGAUCCUCACGAUAAUGCCUUAUAACAGCGCUCAUCACUGUGUGGUUGAGGUGGAGAAUUUCCUGUUACUCAUUGGUGGAGAAGACCAGUGGAACCCCAAUGGAAAGCACAGUACAAAUUUUGUGAGCCGCUAUGAUCCAAGAUUCAACAGCUGGAUACAGCUCCCACCCAUGCAGGAAAGGAGAGCCAGUUUCUUUGCCUGUUGCUUGGAUAAACAUCUGUAUGUCAUUGGAGGAAGGAAUGAGACAGGAUACCUGUCCAGCGUGGAGGCUUACAAUUUGGAGACCAACGAGUGGAGUUAUGUGUCUUCAUUGCCGCAGCCCCUGGCAGCUCAUGCAGGAGCAGUUCACAAUGGGAAAAUAUACAUCUCAGGUGGAGUACACAAUGGAGAAUAUGUAUCCUGGCUUUAUUGCUAUGACCCCACCAUGGAUGUGUGGGCCAGAAAGCAGGACAUGAACACAAAGCGUGCUAUACAUGUUCUGGCAGGAAUGAAUGAUCGUCUUUAUGCUAUCGGAGGAAAUCAUCUGAAAGGAUUCUCCCACCUAGAUGUCAUGCUGGUGGAGUGCUACGACCCCAAAGCAGACCACUGGAACAUCCUUCAGACUCCAAUUUUGGAAGGCCGCAGUGGGCCAGGCUGUGCUGUGCUUGAAGACAGUAUUUUCUUGGUUGGUGGAUACAGCUGGAGUAUGGGAGCGUACAAGUCAUCCACUAUCUGCUACAGCCCGGAGAAAGGCACAUGGACGGAGUUGGAGGGUGACGUGGCCGAACCACUGGCCGGGCCUGCUUGUGCCACUGUGGUGCUUCCAGCCUGCCUGCCAUACAACAAGUAG